UUUUCUCCUCCCAAUCCCCCAAUCUCCUCUUCGGUGAACUAUCCUUCAUCUCGCCUACUGACAUGUGACGUUCCCCUCCAGGCAGACAAGAUGACCCAACUCGAUACUCUGGACCUCGUGGUCCUCGUCGCUCUUUUCGUCGGUACCGUCGCAUACUUUACGAAAGGCACCUAUUGGUCGAAACCACAUGAUCCAUAUGGCGGGUCGCUGGCGCAUGCCAACGGCCUCAAGGCCGGGAAGUCGAGGAACUUCAUCGAGAAGAUGGACGAGUCUGGGAAGAACUGCAUCGUGUUUUACGGGUCACAAACCGGCACCGCCGAAGAUUACGCCUCUCGGUUAGCCAAAGAGGGCGCCGCUCGCUUCGGAUUGAAGACAAUGGUGGCAGAUCUGGAGGACUAUGACUUCGAGAACUUGGAUCAGUACCCCGAGGACAAGAUCGUCUUCUUCGUGCUCGCCACGUACGGGGAAGGCGAGCCGACAGAUAACGCGGUGGAAUUCUACGAGUUCGUGAGCAACGAGGAUGUCACGUUCAGCAACGGCGCCGCCGCGGAAGAAAAGCCUUUGUCCAACCUCAAUUUCGUGGCCUUCGGCCUGGGAAACAACACGUACGAGCACUACAAUUCCAUGGUCCGGAACCUUAACACGUUUUUCGAGCGAUUGGGCGGGAAUCGCAUUGGAGAGGCCGGCGAAGGAGACGACGGCGCGGGAACGAUGGAAGAAGAUUUCUUGGCCUGGAAGGAACCCAUGUGGACGGCAUUGGCCGCGCACAUGAAUCUUGAGGAGCGCGAAGCCGUAUACGAGCCCGUCUUCGACGUCGUCGAUAUGCCGAAUAUGGACGCGGAGGAGGAUACCGUCUACCUUGGCGAGCCGAACAAAUACCACUUGGAAGGCGUCCAGAAGGGUCCGCAUAACGCGCAUAAUCCAUACAUUGCGCCGAUUGCGGAGUCCAAGGAACUCUUCUCUGCUGACGACCGGAACUGCUUGCACAUGGAAAUCGAUGUCGCCGGCUCGGGCAUCUCGUACACGACUGGUGACCACAUCGCCAUCUGGCCGACGAACGCUGGGAAGGAGGUCGAGCGGCUUCUCCGGGUCCUGGGCCUGGAGCCGAAACGGCACAGCGUCAUCAAAGUCUCCGGUUUGGAUCCCACCGCGAAGGUCCCUUUCCCCUCUCCUACGACCUACGACGCCGUCGUGCGAUACCACAUGGAGAUCUGCGCCCCCGUCUCCCGUCAAAUGGUGUCCACCCUCGCCGCUUUCUCUCCGACCGACGAAAUCAAAGCCGAGAUGACCAAAAUGGGCGAAGACAAGGACUAUUUCCAUGCGAAAGUGGCUGAUCUUAACGUCAACCUCGCACAGCUCCUCGAGAUCCUCUCAAACGGCGCUCCGUGGGAUAAAGUCCCCUUCUCGCUCAUGAUCGAAGGCCUCCACAAGAUCCAACCGCGAUACUACUCCAUUUCUUCCUCCUCGGUGGUCCAGCCGGGGAAAAUCGCCAUCACCGCUAUCGUCGAGUCCAUCGAGAGGCCCGGCGCUCCCCAUAUCGUCAAGGGCGUCACGACCAACUACCUCCUGGCGCUCAAGCAAAAGCAACACGGCGACCCCAACCCGGAUCCGCACGGAUUGAAAUACGCGCUGACCGGUCCCCGCAACAAAUACGACGGCGUCCACGUCCCCGUGCACGUCCGACAUUCCAACUUCAAGCUCCCGUCCGAUCCGAAGAAGCCCAUCAUCAUGGUCGGGCCCGGGACGGGGGUCGCGCCGUUCCGAGCGUUCGUCCAAGAGCGCGCGGCGCAGGCGGAGAAGGGCGAGGAAGUUGGUCGGACAAUCCUGUUCUACGGGUGCCGAAGACGGCAGGAAGACUUCCUGUACGAGAAAGAAUGGGAGACACACAAAGAAACCCUCGGCGACAAGUUCCACUGUCACGUCGCCUUCUCCCGCGAAGGCCCGAAUAAAGUAUACGUGCAGCACAAGGUCCAGGAAUAUGCCGACGAGAUCAACACGCUGCUCGAGCAGAAGGCGUACUUCUACGUCUGCGGCGACGCGGCGAGCAUGGCCCGGGAAGUCAACGCGCUGCUCAUCAAGAUCAUCGCCGAGAAGCGCGGCGUGUCCGAAGCGAAGGCCGAGGAGAUUGUGAAGUCGAUGCGGGCGAGUAAUCAGUAUCAAGAGGACGUGUGGUCAUAGACGAUGGCGACGGAUGUAUUGCGGAUGACGGGAGGAGCGGAUAAGUAGACGAUGAUUUGAUGCAUGGCAAUUUGGAGCCGCCGGUGGAAUUUGGGUUUUACGUUCUUAUUGAAUAGGGGUUCACGCUACUCCUGGUAUCUA